AUGUCUAGUCGACAGCCCUUGAUUGAAUUUGGCCCUCCGCUUCAAGGGCAGAAUGCAAUGCCAUCUUUAGUACCAACUCCGUCGCUGAGUUCCAAGAUCUACAAAGCGGUGAUAUCGCCGUUCCAAAAGCUCCGGUUGCUCUUCCCAAGAGUGUCCGGAACAUUCGACGUGAACUUCACAGCACAAGAUGGACGUCGACUGCUACGUCUAAAAGCUGAGAUUGGCGGACCAAGCAAAGAGUUUGAUACAACAAACUGCGCUACUACAACAUUCCACAAGUUCAAUGGGCUUCCUGUUGAGCUUCGAACAAUGUUCUGGAGAUUGUCCUCCAGAAAGGCUAGAAUCUUUCGACUGGGUCCCAUGUCAAAGAACCUGGAUAUACUAUGGUUGAGUUUUACAAUCUCUCAUAAAGCGCCAGCUUCCGCCCAAGCGUGUCGCGAAUCAAGGGCAUUGUUACAAGCCGAAGCUUUGCAGCUGUUCGGCCAAAAUAUCGGCGUACACAAAAGCCUUUGGUUCCUGCCUUCCUUAGACAUUUUUUACUGGAACAGGUACAAUAUCUCUCCAGGGAACGUCCCUGGCGGCGACAUACCAUGUGUUCAGAAUGUAGCAGUGGACCGGCCUAGUGGUGAUGGAACCGAUAUGGGAGAAGUGAUUGACGAUAUUUGGUGA